AUGUUUCAAGCACAAUCUCUGCAACAUUUUGGUAAUGGGGCAAGGCAAGAAGAUCGAACUUAUUUUGAUCCAAGUGCUCCACCACCCUUUAAGAUUGCAGAUAUCAGAGCAGCAAUUCCAAAGCAUUGCUGGAAGAAGAGCACACUGAGAUCUCUGAGUUAUGUUCUCAGGGAUGUCUUAGUGGUCACUGCAUUGGUAGCUGCAGCAAUUGGCUUCAACAGCUGGUUCUUCUGGACGCUCUAUUGGCCUGCACAAGGCACAAUGUUUUGGGCCCUGUUUGUUCUUGGACAUGAUUGUGGGCAUGGAAGUUUUUCAAACAGUUCCAAAUUGAAUAGCUUUGUGGGGCACAUCUUGCAUUCCUCAAUCCUAGUACCAUACAAUGGAUGGAGAAUCAGCCAUAGGACUCACCACCAAAACCAUGGACAUGUUGAGAAGGAUGAAUCCUGGGUUCCGUUAACAGAGGAGGUUUACAAGAAUCUAGACAACAUGACAAGAAUGCUGAGAUACACUUUUCCUUUCCCAAUCUUUGCAUAUCCCUUUUAUUUGUGGAGCAGAAGCCCAGGGAAAGAAGGUUCUCAUUUCAACCCUUACAGCAACUUGUUCUCUCCUGGUGAGAGAAAAGAUGUGGUAACUUCAACCCUGUGUUGGGGCAUCAUGCUUUCUGUGCUUCUCUAUCUUUCCCUAACAAUAGGUCCAAUUUUGAUGCUCAAAGUCUAUGGGGUACCCUAUUUGAUCUUUGUCAUGUGGCUGGAUUUCGUCACCUACUUGCAUCAUCAUGGUUACAAGCAGAAACUACCUUGGUACCGUGGCCAGGAAUGGACUUAUCUAAGGGGUGGUCUUACAACCGUAGAUCGUGACUAUGGUUGGAUUAACAACAUUCACCAUGACAUUGGCACCCAUGUUAUCCAUCACCUUUUCCCUCAAAUUCCACAUUACCAUUUGGUGGAAGCGACUAAUGCAGCAAAAUCAGUGCUUGGAAAGUAUUAUCGUGAGCCUCAGAAAUCUGGACCAUUGCCACUUCAUCUUAUAAAGUUCUUGCUACACAGCAUAAGUCAGGAUCACUUCGUUAGCGACUCUGGGGACAUUGUGUACUACCAGACAGAUCCCAAGCUCGACAAAGAUUCUUGGACCAAGUCCAAGUAA